UUACGGCAGUGCCUCGAAUGCAAGUUUAUUUGUCCACAAACAACACUGCAAGGAUCAGAACUAGCCGCAGAAAUUGGAAGCAGGACUAUUUUCCGUGCACCGCCGAAGGAACAGGAAACUACAGACCUAGACCGCUUUCUUGCUACGUCCAUUUCAUCGGUCAAACUGUUUUUAAAAACAGACGAAUUAUAAUCUGCAGGAUGGCCGCCAGCCUGGACGAGAAGAAGCAGAUACAGCCGGAACUAAUCGACCACUGCACCAUAGAUCUAGGCGAAACUGAAAAUAAGAUAGAGAAGGUGGACUUCUGUAUGAACAGAGCCCGCCUCGCAUUCUUGCAUGCUGAAACCGUGGAAGAUCCCGUCCAGAAUUCGACUCUGAAAUCGAAGUCAGUGGAGUUGCCGUCUGAGGAUCUCCAUCCAUGGCUAAAGUGCUGCGGUCGUAACUUUAUGCGUUCAAUAUUCUCGCUCCAACCAAAACAAAAUCCCAGGCCCGGCUUCACCCGUCGCCGGCGAGGUAUGUUUCCCUUAGGCAGCCAGAGCGCCCCGUAAUCUAGGCAUUACAUUUGACUCUUAUAACAUGUGUAAUACAAAUAAAGACCAUUGUUCUCAAACGUAA